CUGUUUCCUACUUUUGUCUGACAGUUUUGCGGGAGCGCCGAAGGAUGAAAUUACACCAACAGGUAGAGUGGUGUAUGUUAAGAGGAUAGACUGACGGUUUACUGAAAGUGUGUGCGAAGUAUCAUUAUGUGGUUUUAUAACUUUUUGAUCAGGUUAAAUCAAUCGUUGAUUAUUUAUUUGAUUCUUGUGACUAGUUUGAAGGCGCAUCCACAAUGUUUAGAUUUUCGACCUCCAUUCAAUCCGGAGAGUCCAUUGCAAUUCUGUUCGGAAUAUUCCGCUUUCGGAUGCUGUACCAAUCAGGAUGACUUAGAUAUCCAGGAUGAAUAUAAUAGGAUAAUGAGACAAUUGUCGAAUUCAGACGUGUUUGCUUGUGAGAGAUAUGUGAGGGAAUUCGUUUGCCAAAGGUGUUCCCCCUAUGCAGCUCAUAUUUACGACGCUGAGGGAUCACUGGUUUCCCGACCAUUCCCAGGACUUUGCAAUAAUUACUGUCGAGAUUUCUACCGCAGCUGUAGACAAAUUGUGAGUUAUUUAACUCAAGACUCAAAUGUUCUGCAACAUGUCAGUUAUGGUACAUCAGCAUUUUGUGAGUACAUAAGACUCAGUGAUGAAGAUUACUGCUACCCAGAACUUAAAACAAAUGCAAUGUUGAACAAUAGAAUUUCCAUCAAACAGUACACCUCAGAAGGUUGUUUGUGUAUGGAACCUUUUGCUGAUAUGUUGUAUAACCCUGUGUUUGCUCGGCAUGCGGGUGAUGGAAGUAAUCGGUUAUUCAUAGGAGAAGUUACUGGAUUAAUAUUUGUGUACUAUUUAAAUGGUUCAAGUGAGAGUCACCCUUUCUUGGACAUCAGUUACCAGACUGUCAACUCAAGAAAUGAAGGUGAUGAAAGAGGUUUAUUGGGAUUAGCUUUUCAUCCCAAUUUUCGCCAAAAUGGCAGAUUCUUUGUGUAUUAUUCCACACCACUUGAGUACCAUAAUGACUUAAUGAGUAACAACCAUAAGAUCCGCAUCAGUGAGUUUCUAGUGUCAAGUCAGGAUCCCAACAUAGCAGAUGCUGGGAGUGAAAGAGUGAUUUUAGAAGUGGAGGAACCCUUCUGGAACCACAAUGGAGGAGAGAUUUUGUUUGGGGAUGAUGGUUAUUUAUAUAUUUUUAUUGGAGAUGGAGGUUCCAGGGGAGAUCCGCUUGGAAAUGGCCAAAAUACGAGCACCCUCCUGGGUAAAGUAUUGCGGAUAGAUGUGAAUACAGAGUUUGACUAUCCAUAUCCUUACAAGAUUCCGCCGGAUAAUCCAUUUGUCAAUAACGCAAUGUUUCGUCCUGAAAUCUACGCAUAUGGAGUUAGAAAUAUCUGGAGGUGUGGAAAGGAUAGAGGGGAUCCUCUCACAGGAGAAGAUAAGGGAAGAAUAGUGUGUGGCGAUGUUGGCCAGUCAGCGUAUGAAGAAUUAGAUUUACUGAUCAAGGGAGCUAAUUACGGCUGGAAUUCCAGAGAAGGUCCAGCUUGUUAUGAUAAAGAAAUCUGUGGACACAUUGGUCCUGAAGUUCUCCCCAUUCAUUACUACCCCCACAGGGAGGGGAAGUCAAUCACUGGGGGCCAUUUCUACAGAGGCUGUCUAAAUCCUAAUCUUAAUGGAUUCUACAUCUUUGGAGACUUCAUGAAUGGCCGAUUGUUCAGACUUCUCUAUGAUCGUCAGAAAAAUUCCUGGGAUAACAAGGAAUUAAACAUGUGUGGCCCUGAGAUGUGUACCCCACCCUUGAUUAAUUAUUACGAGCCUCAUAUACUGUCAUUUGGAGAAGAUGAAGGAGGUGAAGUGUACAUGCUGUCUACUAAACGAGCUAGCUCAGCAGAUUCCAGUGGAAAAGUCUACAGAAUCGUGGACCCAGCGAGGAGAGGCAACCCCGUGCAUUGUGCCUCAGCUAGAUUGAGUGGACCCCUCCCAACACCUACCGUCUUCACCACCAGGCUCCCCAUAGUAACACCGCCCACCACUACAACUCGUCGUACAAGCAGGGCCACAAGUACUGCUUCUACAGUUACCACAACUAGGGGCAGAGUCGGUAAGCGGAGGAGGAAAAGGAAGCGGAAGGAAAAACGGGAAAGAAGGAGGAGGAGGAAGAAACAGCGACGUAACAAACAUCAUCUACGUUUAAAGGGGAUACGAAUAAAGUGGUGUUCCAAAAGACCCGGACUGAAAAUGUGCAGAAAUAAUUUUUCAAAGAAUUCUGUACCAAACAAAACGGACAAAAACAAAUAAUUUGUUUCAAAUCUUUCAAGUCUUUUUUUUUUGGUAAAAGUUGCAUCCGAUUUUCUUUGUUGAUCAUCUACAGUAAAAUGAUUUGAAACAUG